UACCCUCAAAUCUCAUAACUCAUUUCAAACCAUUGUUAUUUUUCUUCUGAAUUUAGCUUGCCACCAUGACUGAUCAAGGAAGAACAACAGGAUCCUACUCAUCACAUGGAGGAUCCUAUGGAACAUCACCCUAUGACACCAACACCACCAACCAACCCUCACGCCAAACUGUGAAGUUCUUAACAGCUGCUACAAUUGGUGUUUCACUGUUGUUCUUGUCUGGACUAAUCCUUGUAGGUACUGUCAUAGGCUUAAUCAUUGCAACACCUCUUCUUGUUCUCUUCAGUCCAAUCCUAGUUCCAGCUGCUAUAGUCCUAUCACUCAUUGCUGGUGGAUUUGUGUUCUCUGGUGGUUGUGGUGUUGCUGCUAUAGCUGCAUUGUCAUGGAUAUACAAUUAUGUUUCUGGUAACCGUCCUGCUGGUACUGAUACUCUUGAUUAUGCUAAAGGGUUGAUUACUGAUAAGGCUAGGGAUGUGAAGGACAGGGCCAAGGAAUAUGGAAAUUAUGCUCAGGGUAGAGCACAAGAGGCUACACAAGGAUAUUAAUAAUGGUGGAUUGUUUCCACAUUUCUCUAUUUGCAUGUUCACUUCACUCAUUGUCACCUUCUCUGUUUGUAUCUUGUUAAUGUGUUGUGUUCUGUGUUGUUCUACUGGUUUUUAGUAUUUCCUUUGUUUUUGAAGUUAAAUAUUCGCCUUAUUUGUGUAAGCAUUAUGUUAGUUAAUAAAUCUCUUUUGUAGCUACAAUGUAUCUUGUUUAAGUCUUUAAGAUAUGUGAAUGUGAUGGAUUAAGGUUUCCUUGC